GUUGAAAAUGCUUCAAUAAGUACGUACGCAAUCUGCAGACCAGACGCAGCCCUGUAGGUCCAUCAGACAGAUCUGCACGGUUCUCCUCGUGGUAGACACAGAUCUUGGAACCACGCCAUUAUCCAGGCUCAGCCGGGCUACUUUUCCGCAAUGGGAAGUACGUCCUCGACGCCCAAAGCACUCGCGAGGUGGGAGCAUUGAGCAGAUAAAAUACAACGAACCUCCCCACACAUCGUGAGUGAGUGACUCUGGCCCGAUGACUGCGUCCAUCAUUUCCUUCCAAGCAACUGGUCACUGCGGCUUGACGUCGCCAAACUCAUUCUCGUCAUGUCUGCCACGUCUGGAUACGAUGAGAACGAGCUGUUGUGGGAUAUUUUAGGGCCACCGGACUACGACAACCUUGACGAACCGGUGCCGUGGUCGAACAAGAAGUCCACGAUAAUGGGGUUGACGAUCACAUUCAUGAUUUUGUCAUGGUCUUUUGUCUUGUUCAGAUUAUACGUUCGUUUCAGAAUCGUGAGAGUGCCCUGGUGGGAUGAUCUCUUCGUGGUUCUCUACUUGAUCACAGGCUCGCUGGGCUCGGUAGCCCUCCUGAUCUCGAUACCUUACGGUUUUGGGCAACACAUGCUCUUAUUAACAGUUGGACAAGCUGGAAGAUACUUGGUGUCAUUUUAUAUGUUCAAUGCAUGUUUGAAUCUUGCGGCAACAUUCAUCAAGUUGUCACUCCUUUUCCAGUAUUUACGAGUUUUCGAUAAAGACACAUGGCCCUAUAGAGCUUCGCAGCUUACAGCCGGAGUCGUUUCUGUGUGGGGUCUUGUAUUCACGAUUCUGGCGUUCUUCCCAUGCUGGCCCGUUUCGGAUUUCUGGUAUUCUCCUGCGGACGCCAAAUGCUGGGGGUAUGGUGCUUGGUCGACAGCGGACCUUGUAGCAACGUUCUACAGUCAUACCGCAAUGAACAUGCUUCUCGACAUCGUUAUCCUGGCCAUACCUUUUCAUCUUUACUUCAAGAGCGACAUGACGUUCAAGAUGCGUAUGGGUCUCCUCGCUCUGCUGCUCAUGGGGGCAAUCGUCAGUUUCCUUUCCAUCUGGCGUCUCCAGACACUCGUGGAACAUCAAGCCGGUCGCUACCCGACCCAUGAUCCGACAUGGUAUGGCCCGAUAUCUCUACUCCUCGCUACGCUCGAAUGCGACUGCGCCAGCAUCUGCGCUUCCGUCCCCAUAUUUUGGCCCGUCUUGUCGCCCUACCUCGGUGCUAUUUUUGUCACGCAAGAAGUCAGCGUCGAGCACGAGUACCGCGACAUGGACGAGGAAUCGAAGGUUCAACAUAGUUCUAAGAGUUUGCCACGCCCAGGCAGCUCAACGGAGCUGAAGGAUCUUAAGAAGCAGGAGGUCACAACAACAACUACAACAAAUAUGCACUACUUUUAUGACGACGAGGGGUCGGCGCCGCUCCAGCCGCAGUCUUCGCAGUCGAAGCGACCAGGUACGCAUACAAGAGUCAGGAGCGAUAGUACCACCAAGGAUAAGAAGAGAGGCUGGGUACAGCUUUGAUUUUGUGGACGCAAAAUAACAGGUUUUCGAAUAAAAUCGGUGUGGACUAGCAUUUGCAGAUUAAGGAUGCACCAGAACGACGUCGCAGUCAUUACAGAUACCCCUUAGCGUUUGUUGAUUUAUUACGGCUUACUCGCUAUACAAAAGGCCAAUGUACUAUAUAUAUAUAUAUCAAAUCUGAAGAAUUUAAACAGGAAAGGUUGGGUUGAAGGGUG